CGUCGCGUGAACAUUGGCGAGCAUGCGCGGUUUACGGCCAGCCCGAACCGAAGGUUGCCGAGCAUUGUCGACGAUAUUCGUGCGGUGUUCGUUUGUGCCUUCGUGGACGGAGACGGAGCGUGGAACUGAGCGAGGCGGGUUAUUGCCGUGCGUUUUGCAUUUUGAUUUCACGAGUACCGAUCGGACGCAAGGCUUCCGAAACCUUCCUUCCCUCGUCUCUCGACGAUGCACCGGUGUGGCUUCUGAAAGUUCAGCAACGACGCGGACAGGAUAACAUCCUCGCGGAUCAUCGGUGUUUUGCUUCCCUUCCCGGUCGGGCGUGCGUCCACGCCGAUCGUGCGUGUCGCGCCACGAUGGCUCUCAGCCAGACCAGCGUGCUGAAAUUGUACAACACUGUGAUAGAAGAUGUAAUAUCGGGAGUACGAGAGUCGUUUAUAGACGAAGGUGUGGAUGAGCAGGUUUUACUAGAGCUCAAGCAAAUAUGGGAAGGAAAAUUAAUGGCCAGUAAGGCCGUGGAAUUAAAUCCAGAUCCACCAGAGCCACAAGUUCCUCAAAUCAAUACGCACAAAGCUGUGUCUGUCAAUAAAGCUAAUGUAGGAAAUCAUUUUGUACAACCAUCUGCUGGAAAUACAGUACCGCAAACGCAACCUCAACAACAAUCGCAACAGCAACAGCAGCAACAAGUGCAAGCACAGCCACAGCAACCGUCACAACCUCAACACACGCAUCCUUCCACGGGAACAACAUUGCAGCAACAGCAGCAACAUUCGACGACGCCAGUGCAACAAGUGGUGACCGCUUCAGCUGUGCUUGAACGACAAGUACCCAUACAGAUCACCUUACCUCCACAAGCUGGCGUGCCGGAUGGACCACAACGUAUUUUAAGCAUACAAGUUCCUGCAUCUACUCUUCAAGCAAACCAGCUGCAUACAAUUUUAACAGGUCCGGUAAUUUCCGCCGCUAUGGGUCUUCCAGCAAAUUUAGCUUCGACUCUGUUGCAACAGCAUGUGAAUUCUACACUGCAAGGACAAGCAGCAUUAACUCCAUUACAAGUGAAUCAGCCUCUUCAAGUGGUUACACAAAGUACAAACAGUGUCGUUACACAAAGGCCACCUCAAAAUCAGCAGCAAAAUAAUAUAAAUCAGUUAGAUGGAGGAGUUGGUGAUUCUACUGACGAUGACGAUGAAGAGGAAGAAGAGGAUAACGAUGAUGAUGAUGAGGAUAUCGAUGAGAAAGAGGAAGAAGAAAAUGAUGAGGCUGCGGCUCGUGAAGAGGAACCCCUUAAUUCCGAAGAUGAUGUUACGGACGACGAUCCUGCUGAUCUCUUCGACACCGAUAAUGUAGUCGUCUGCCAGUACGAUAAGAUUACAAGGAGUCGGAAUAAGUGGAAAUUUUAUUUGAAGGACGGUAUAAUGAAUCUAUCUGGAAAAGAUUAUGUGUUCCAAAAGGCAAAUGGGGACGCUGAAUGGUAACUCUUAAGUGCGUUGUGAAUAUCGUGUUGCCCACAGUAAGCUCGACUCAGGGACACUGCGUAUAAAGGCAACUUGAUGAUGUGUUCACGUGAAAUCGCGUUAAUAUGACAGAUAACGAUAAUCUCUACGAUAAUUCUUUUAUCGAUUGCGUGAUGCUGCCGCAGGCAAGGAAACAACAGUAUAGGGGAACAAUGACGAACAUUAUCACGUUAUUAGAAAUAUCAUAUUGUUAAUUUUGUGUAUAUUUUUAGCCCUCUGAAUAGCAGGAUAUUCAAAAUAUUUAGACACGCCGAUUCUACUUGUUGAAACUAAAUAAGUCACAAACAUUAAAAACAUGUUAGGUUUUAUUUGUUUAUUCUGUUUCUAUUAAGCAGUCUUAAAUAUUCUACAUUAAUAUAUUAAUUACAUUUUUCCUUUGAAUUACAUUUUUCUGAAUUUAAGAAAAUUCGAGACCGAAAGUCAAGAGGAGCAUAGGGGGCUGAUACGUAUGAUUUUUAUCAAGGUUGGCAAACGUUAUUUUUCAGUUACUUUGUCGUUACCUUCUAUAGUAAACAUUUGAUGACAACGUAAUUUUUUAUAACGGUAAUGCUAACUAACUAAAUGCUAAGGUUGUGCUAAGAUUAGAAAAGUGACUUUGAAAAGUAAUUUGUCAUCAUUAUGUGUUACUAAAAAAAAGUAACGAGUAACGCGUAACGUUACUCGUUACAAGAAACACGAGUAAAAAAGUAACGCGUUACAAAUUAAUGAAAAAAGGAGUUAUUUUUUUCAAUGACAAAUGACUUUUUCAACAAGUAAUGAUUGAUUUUUCUAACUCUGAUAUUACCAUUGCCGUCAUAAAAAUUCACAAUGUCAUUAUCAAAUCGUUAUUAUAACAAGAUAACGAUCAACAAAGUAACGCGUUACUGCUCACCCUGAUUUUUAUAUAGUGCAAAUUACGAAUAUAUAAGUUUUAAAAAAUUAUAUAAGAAUCUCUCUCCUACUGUUAGUCAUACGUUAGUGGAAACUUGCUUGUGGGCGCCGAGAUUCCUUCUAAAACAAUCCACGACGGAUUAGUUAGCUUUUUCUAGCAAAUGAAUGAACUUUAUUGGAGCGGGAGUGCGUUAUGUAUAUAUAUUGACUGAAUGAUUAUAUAUAUAUAUUUAUAUAUUUGUAU